CCAGACUACAUAUUGAGGAAUUGAAAUAUGCUACAGGGCCUACUAUGAAGCUGAAAAGAAAAACCGGGUCUCUAAAAGAUGACCUGCCUGACAGCCGCUCUCAAAAAAAAUCUAGACAAAACACAGAACAACAUGUCGGCCCUCAAGGGAAUUUGAGCUCAGAGAGUGCCCUCGAACAAGAGUUAGAUAUUCUCAAACAUGCACUCCAGGAAUUCAUGGAUAAAGAAACAUUCGUGGAACAAUGCCUUGGGCGAUCGGGUCCAGAUGUUUUAAGAGCUGUCCAUGCCCUGAAUAAGGCCAUUAAUCAACCAAAUUUACUCUCACCUUCUAUCCCGGCAUUUCCAGAUAACCAAGUAGCAAGAAAAGAGGCCUCAGCAAUACCGUCAAAUAGGAAAGGUGACGGACUGCCGACACUUCCCUAUAUCACGGAUCCUUCACUUAGAAGCUCGGUAUUCACGCAUCCAGGGGUCAACAGCAAGCCUGAUUGCAAUUACGAUCGCCUGGAAGUCCUGGGCGAUGCUUAUAUUGAAUUGAUUGCCACAAAAAUGGUGUGGAACAGGUUCCCUAACUUGUCAUCCGGGCGCAUCUCUCAGAUUAGGGAAGCUCUGGUAAAAAAUGAGACGCUUUCCUCAUACGCUGAUCUAUACGGUUUUAUUCGUCAGGCUAGGAUACCACGGGAUUAUUUUGCUCAACCAAAGCGCCUGACAAAAACAAAAAGUGACAUAUUUGAGGCUUAUGUCGCAGCUAUUGUACUCUCGGAUCAGACCAAUGGUCAUAGUAUCGCCGAGGCGUGGCUUUCAGAGCUGUGGAUGCCGAAAAUUGAGAUGUUUGGUGGUGAGAAAUGCGAUCUCCGUGCCAAGGAGAGCUUGGCACAGAAGGUUAUGGGAAGGAAUAUAAGCCUCAGUUACAUUGACGAGCGACCUCCUCUUCAGCUGGACAAUAAUGGGCAAACCUUCUUCGUUGGGGUCUAUCUUACUGGAUGGGGUUGGACCAACAAACAUUUAGGGUCUGGUGAAGGCCGGAGUAAAACUAUCGCUGGGAAUGCAGCGGCAAAAGCGGCCCUGGAUAAUAAACCACUAAUUGAUGAAAUCGUUUUAGCAAAGGCAGCGAGUCUAUCAUCUUGAGCAUUAGGGGGGUGAGAAAGGGGAAUACUGCUGGUAAAUGUGGAAGAAAAAAUGAAGCUGUCAUAAUUGGGUUUGGGGAAUUUCUGAAGGGAUCAUAUAUAAUGAUACUAGUGGAUGAUGUAUUGUAUAGCUAUUUCCUAAAAUCUAGUUGGAUCUUAUGAACUGAGCCUCUGGUUAAACCAUCUAGGUCGGCGUUACUGUGGUUGAUCAUGAGGAGAUGGCUAAGUAGCCAAUUUUUUAUUAUCUGUAUAUUGUGAUUUAGAUAUAACAACACUAAGAGAAGGAACUUUAGGGCCACAGAAUGGAAGGUCUUCCAUAAAUUCCUUU